AUGACUGGUUUCAUUAAUGGUAAAAAGAUUGCCCCUGCCAUUGAUGAUCCUAGCUAUGAAGCUUGGGAUGAAGACAAUUGUUUGGUGCAGUCAUGGCUCCUCAACUCCAUGACCAAAAAUGUACGUGCCUUAUUUGAUCACUGCUCAACAGCUUAUGCGGUGUGGGACGCAGCUCGGAAGACAUAUACUGUCACACAUAAUAGCUCCAAGUUGUACCAACUCCGUCGUCAGUCAGUCACCACCUCUCAAAGUGGUGAACCUGUGAAUGUAUUCUACGAAAAAUUACACAUAAUAUGGCAGGAAAUUGACAGCCUCCGUCCCUGCAAACAUACCAAUCCCGAUGAUGUGGCUCUUCACCAACAAGCACUUGAGGUGGAACGUGUGUACGAUUUUUUGGGAGGACUCGAUCCCAACUUUGAUUCCGUUCGUAGUCAGAUUCUUGCCAUGAAUCCGCUUCCAGCAGUCAUUGAAGCUUAUGCACUAGUGGUAGAAGAAGAUAAUCGCCAAUCUUCCAUGCUUGGCGGUGGGAGUGCAAUGGCGGUCAAGCCAUAUCGGCCACCACACCGUACGUCCUCCGGACUUCCCCCCCGGGGUCCCAAAACUGACAAUGCAAAGGGAACUGAGAAGUGCACUCAUUGUGGUGGUGAUCAUCUUGUUGAGAAGUGCUUCAAGCUUCAUGGUUAUCCUGAGUGGUGGGAUGCUUUCAAAUCCCGCAACAAAACACCCAAGGCAGCAUGUGUUAUAACUACCGAUGCCUCUCCAUCUUCCACCCUACUCUCCGACUCCGAAUCAGGACCUCACGACUCACGCGACGAUUGGGCAUGGUAAACGAAGAGGGGGG